AUGAACAUGUCUCGAAUCUUCAUAACCGGUUCCAGCGACGGCAUCGGCCUCUCAGCCGCCAAACUUCUCUCAGAGCAAGGCCACACAGUCGUCCUGCACGCGCGCAAUGCAGACCGCGCCUCCACGACUCAAAAAGCCAUCCCCAGUGCCAAAGUGCUCAUCGGGGAUCUGCGCUCAAUUAGCGAGACCAAGAAGCUCGGCCAAGAAGCCAAUGCCCUCGGUCCAUACGACAGCAUCAUUCACAAUGCCGGAAUCGGUUUUGGAGCAACCUCAUCACGCGAAAUAACCAGCGAGGGCAUUUCUGCUGUCUUCGCAGUCAACACCCUCGCGCCGUAUAUCCUCACUUGCAUCAUGGAUCGCCCGAAACGACUCCUGUACAUGAGUUCGGAUAGCCACUACGGAGGCGAUAACUCAUUACGGAAUUUGAAGACGUCUCAUUCCUAUGGUGAUAGCAAAUUGCAUGAUAUGAUGCUUGCUAAUGCAUUUGCGAGACGUUGGGAUGGCACGCAGGUUGUCAGUAUGCAUCCUGGCUGGGUGAGAACUAAGAUGGGAGGAAGCAUGGCUCCUGGGGGCAUUGGAGAGCCAACGAAGGCUUUGGCGGAGUGGGCUGCUGGAGAGGGGAAGCUGGCGAAACUGAGAACAGGCUGUUUCUUCUCACCGCGAGGCGAGGAGAGGCCUGAUGAGGCUGCUGCGGAUGUUGAGAAGCAGGAGGAAUUGCUGAAGAUUUGUGGGGAUGUCUCCGGGGUUGACAUUCCGGAAUAG